UUCAUUCUGUAUGUUGCCUCAUUUAUAAGUAAGAAAGAAAUAUAACUCAGAUCAACAAGAGAACAUGUGACUUCCCAGAAUGGCUUAUCAGGAAAAAUACAGGAACCCAAUAAGCAGUUCAAUGUGGAGGUGGGAAUGUUUAAAUAUUAUCAGAAAACCUUGAGAAGAACUGGGUCGAUGGCUUAAUGGACAAAGGACUUGCUGUGCAAGCAUGAAGACCCAAGUUUGGAUCCCUAUAACCCACUUAGAAGCCAGGCAGGUGUGGUCACUACCUGUCAUUCCACCUCUGGGGAAACUGAGGCUAGGAUCACACAGGCAUGCUGGCCAGCUAGACUACUGAGAUUGGCAGGCACCAGGUUCUGUGAAAGAUGCUACCUGGAUAAAUAAAUAAAUAAAUAAACCAACUUCAGACUGCUAAAUUCACCUGUGAUCAUCAACAUGUGUACAUGUGUCCACACACAUGUGAACACACACACACACACACGCCCAGAGAAGCAAUGAGGAUUGUGAUUUCUAAUGGAAUAACAUUCACAGAGAUUCAUAUAUAAUUAUAUUUAUAUACUACUUGUAUCUAUAUAGUAUAUUGUGUCUGGUUACCUUUCAAGUUUCUUAUUCUGGAGCAAUUGUAAAUCAAUUUAAUAUGAAUUUAUUACAUACUUUUCCCCAUUUGCAUACAUGUAAUAUGAUUUACUUUUCCCCAUUUCCCUGAAAACAUUCUGAAACUUUUUCAAAACAAGAGCAACAAAACCAUUAUUUAAAAAUCAUCAAGCUAGAGUCCGCUCUCGGGAGUGGAGUGUAGCGAGAUGGUACCGCGGUGCCAGAUUGAAGUGUUAUAUUUUGCAAAAGGUUCUGAAAUAGCAGGAGUUCGUUCAAAGACCAUUUCUGUGCCACAAGAAAUAAAAGCAUUACAGCUGUGGAAAGAGAUAGAAGCUCUACAUCCUGGAUUGGCUGAUGUUAGAAAUCAGGUAAUAUUUGCUGUUCAUCAAGAGUAUGUCGAGCUUGGAGAUCAGCAACUCCUGCUUCAGUCAGGAGACGAAAUUGCCAUUAUCCCCCCAGUCAGUGGAGGCUAGUGCUUUGGAGCCCCCUAGGGACUACAAGAAAUAACUUUGAAGGCAAAAAAAAAAAAGUCAUUAGUCUA